AUCCACCUAACCUAUAAGUUAUUAUUUCAUCUAGCUAAUUCAUAUACGGAGUAUUAUAUAGACAAAAAGAAGGUGGCUUAUAUUUGGAAGAAGGUGACUUAUAUGUUUAUAACAGAACGUAAGCAAGUUACAAAAAGACAAAAAGUCCACCGUAUGUCGUCCGCUCUUGAACCAGCCUUAGAACAUAUCACCUCCGCAAAAGCAAUCCGAUUCGUUGAUUUUGAAUUGGGCUUAACUGAGCCAAUGACAGAUAAAUCAGACUUUUCAUCACCACUCCUAAGUUCUAGAGUUUUGAUGAAAGGAAAAAGCAACACAAACAAAACAACAUGUAGUUCGAAGCAAAAACACAAACAAACUAAAACAGAAAUAGAAAUAGUCUUUCAAACCCUAGUCGCACAGUUCCUGCAUGGCGACGGUUCGGGAGGGGGACAGAUCAUCAUCUCUCCAUCUUCUUUCUCCAUCUCCUGAAUUCGGAAUUCUCCAUGCCACAUCAAGCAAGGCCUUUCACUCGAUCCCUGAACCUGGUUCGCACGUACCUAGGAGAUCACCGCCACCGGCCCUGAAAUUUUCUUAUCCGCCAUGUCUUUACCCCCCGCUUUGUCUGACGGUCCGCCUAGCUUCCUUGCCGAUGAAGAAAUACGUCGAUCCCAAAGAAGCCUCGCAAAGCUUAGGGAAACUGGGUGCGAGCCGCUACACCCGGUGAAGUCGGAUCUCCCUACUUCACGCCGGAUUGAGUGUAGUAGAUAACCUCCGGAGAUGGAUGAUGGGACAAGCUCUUGCCAACUACCAACAAGGAGUCUUGUUCUGUCUUGAAACGCCGGACAAAGUGAAAGCUCAUUGCCAGAAUAACAUCCUAGGAGAAACCCUAGAACAGACCGCUCUCGAUCAGAACAAUGAUGCGGUCUUUGUUAUAUGCGGACUAUUUAUCAUCUCAUCCACACACAAAAUUUGUUACUUUAUAAAACAGCUUGUUUCAACAAAGAGAGCUCUUUUAAUCAAAUUUCUCAAACUUUUUAAAAUCGAGUUAA